AAAAAGGAAAGGAAACCUUGAAAACAUGUGGUUUCUUUGGAAUAGCUCGGCUUGCUAACUUUGCGGGCAACCUGCCAUCUUAGCAGCCGUGAGAUAAUCUGCAGUUAAUUUAAGCAAGCAGCAGCAACAACAACAACAGAAAAUGCCUUUGCGCUGGUGGUUAUAGGGGAAUUUGGGAAGCCAGCCGUGUUGCAACACGGUGGGCCGGUCUCCACCUUUUAAAGGAGGCCGGUCCCUGGCUGUGACGUCGAGCUCUCUCCUCCUUGCUCCAGAAGCAACAAGGAACAUUGCUUGACUGACCAGAGGUCCAAAAAGGUCUGUGUUCCCGAGCUAGAAGAUCAGCAUCAUGGAUGGGAAAAUGGUUCUGCAGCAAGCUAAAGACAACCCCCCAUUCUUGGACAAAAGCCAUGGGUCGCACCUGGUGAAGAGAGCAUGUCUCCCUGUUUCAAAGCUAAAGAUAUUCCUCGGGGCGCUGUCGUUUUCCUUCUUCUCCAAAGCAUUUACGGGAAGCUACAUGAAGAGUGUGAUGACUCAGAUUGAGAGGAGAUUUGAAAUCCCAUCGUUUGUGGUCGGACUGAUCGAUGGAAGCUUUGAGAUAGGAAACCUAUUGGUGCUGAUCUUGGUGAGUUACCUGGGGCCGAAAGUUCAUCGUCCAAAGGUGAUUGCGGUUGGGUGCCUCAUCAUGUCCAUGGGAUCGUUUGUGUCGAUUGUGCCUCACUUCAUAAUGGGGCGUUACAAUUACAAGAGCAUUGCGGUUUCUGUGACCAAUUCUUCUGCGAGUGUGUCGGCUUGCUCAACAACCAUUCCUCCCCACCAUGUGAUAGACGACUUGGAAAGUUUUCAAAAUGCAAGUGCUCUUGGCUGUGAAAAAUCGACGAGCUCCUACCUGUGGCUGUUUGUCCUUGCUGGGAAUAUUCUUCGUGGAAUUGGUGAAGCUCCCGUGAUGCCCCUGGGGCUGUCGUACAUCGAUGAUUUUGCCACGGAACAAAACUCGGCCUUUUACAUAGGAAUAGUGAGGGCAUUGGGAAUGUUUGGACCCUCGGCUGGCUUCCUGCUUGGAUCCUACUGUGCUAAUCUGUGGGUUGACAUUGGACUGGUAGAUACGGAUACACUGACAAUCAAUUCUAAGGAUGUGCGUUGGGUUGGUGCCUGGUGGCUUGGAAUACUGUUAUGUGGAGCCAUCAGCAUUGUGGCCUCCUUCCCUUUCUGGUUCCUGCCUUACUCUUUGCCAAAACAAGGAGAAGAAAGCAUAAUUAAGAAGUCGGGUGAUGUUUACGGAAACUCCAAGGAUAGCUGUGGCAAAACGGAAUCUCCAAAGCCACCACGGCUGAAGAUCUCCAAAGAAACAAAAGAUUUCUUCCCCACUUUGAAGAAGCUACUUGGAAACACCAUCUUCCUGGUCUAUUUACUCCUCAUUGUCCUUCUGUACAAUUCUGUCGUUGGCAUGAUAACAUAUGAGCCAAAGUUUAUGGAACAGCAAUUUAAUAUACCUGUUUCAAACGCCAUCUUCUAUAUUGGUGUGUUACUUUUACCUGCUACAAUCGUGGGACUGUUCCUUGGAGGUUUUAUCAUCAAGAAGUUCAAGAUGCAAGUGACAACUAUGGCGAAGUUUGCCUGUGUCACUUUUCUGAUUACCUUCUUGCUUAAUCUGUUGUACUUUGCAUUCAACUGCAAAGACCUCCAGGUGGCUGGCUUGAACAUCAACUACUCUGGCAUCAAAGAACCAUCCUUCUCUAAGGAAGUAUCAUUAGCUGCCUGCAACUCGGACUGCAGCUGUGAUGCAAGCCAUUGGGAUCCCGUUUGUGGAAGCAACGGGGUCACCUACAUGAGCGCAUGUUUAGCUGGCUGCAAAGCAUCAGUGGGAAGUGGAAAAGAUAUGGUAUUUCACAACUGCAGCUGUGUGGGAGUUUCGGGUCCUGGAAAUCUAUCGGCAGUUUUGGGUCAAUGCCCAAGGGAUAGUUGUACCAAAAGCUUCCCUUAUUUCUUAGCCUUGACGUUCUUAUUUGCGUUUGGUUUUUCCUUGGGAGGAACUCCGACGUACAUGAUUAUGUUCAGAUCGGUUUCUCCAGAAUUAAAAUCCCUUGCUGUCGGCUUCGAAGCUUUCUGUGGAAGGACACUCGGCGGACUUCCCGCGCCUCUUUAUUUUGGAGCUCUGAUCGAUACAACCUGCUUGAAAUGGGGUGUGAAAAGCUGUGGCGAAUCGGGGUCUUGCAGAGCGUACAGCACAGAGAUGUUCAGGAACGUCUAUGUGGGAUUCCUUCUCUCGAUAAGAGGUGCAACCUGCCUCCUGUACAUCGUCCUCUGCGUUUUAAUUGUGAAGCGAUUCAGACGAGGCGGGGAAGAGGCAACGGCAACCCAAAACUGUGAGCUGUCUGCCGCCAAGUUGCCAGUGCCCGAACUGAACAAAGGAGAAACCUCUUGCGUAGAGGCAUCCAUCAACGGCGACACCCGCUUGUGAGAAAGGAAAGCUGGUUUGGAUCGUUGCACAAGCGGCUGCUGUUUGGGCGUUCAGGAGCAAUCCGUAGCAUGAGCUGUUCCUCGCCCAGGCCAAAGCCCUAUCUGGCGAUCAGAGCUCGAUACAUACAGCCCUGCUCAGAUAACUGGAAACUGCACCAAUCGCCCGCAGGCAAAGGCACCAGUUAUUUGUAGCAGAUCAUUGUGGCAAGAGCACCAAUCACCUAGAAGAGGGGCAAGAGGGAACUGAAUGGUUGGUGCUCUUGCCAAUGAUCUACCCAAGACUGCGAUGCAGCUGCUGGUUUGUGUUUUGUAACAUCAGGAAACCUUAAGUGUGGCACCUGUUUACAUGUGAAGUUCCUCAUGCAGCAGAGCACUAUGGAAGCUGGAAAGGAGGCUGCGAGUUUUAAAAUACGGAAGAGAGAUGAAUAUAAAACAUUUGCUUAGGAACAAAGGGAGCUCGCUUGUGCCAUGUGGGACCACUGGUCCAUCUAGCCCAAUAUGGUCUGCGCGGACAGGCAGCAGCUCUCCAAGGUUUCAAGGCAGGCGAUGUUCCCAGCCCUACGUGGAGGUGCCGGGAAUUGAACGUGGAACAUUCCUCAUGCCCCGUCACUGAGAUACCGCCCUUCCUUCUACAGUCCUCAACAGGGUUGGAGUGUUAACGCCCCCCCAAAUCAAACCUAGAGGGAAAGCUAUAUCUAUCUUGUUAAGCUAAAGAGCUGGUGGGUAGGAUUGCGUGACCCUGUACGUGGGGGACAUUUUCCUCCCUACUCACAAGUGCUCAUUGAAAGUCCACAAACCGGUUCCCUGUUAUCUCUGAGCAACCUCUGCGUGUGUGGGGUUCUUCUUUUUAACUUUGCCACUGGGGCGAAAACUCCUUGUGCUAUCUGUUGCCAUUUAUAGCACAGAUUAUCUGUGCAAAUCGGUCUCUUGGCUUGACUAUCCAGCCGCAGAAGUUUGAUGCUUUUUCUUUUCGCUUUUUGGAAGGGAAGCAAUUUCCUGCCAUAUUCAAAGCAUUCUCCAGAGAUCAGCAGUCAUCAUUCAGCCUCAUUACAGUGAUGGGAAAUAGGGCCUCAUAAGCCGUAUUAUAGCGACCCACUGGAAAAACAGCUGCUUCUGUCAAGAAACACCUCCAUUUCCUGACAAAUUACUGCCAUGUGCUAAAAGCUCUCCAAAUAGACCAGCUUCCAAAAACAAGAAGGUCUAUCGUACAGAUAGAGGCUUUUUACUUCUUGUUAUGGGGCCAGGGGUGGGGGGCAGGAAGCCCUCUUCCCUUUCGGAAAACAGCGAGCCAGAUAAUGACAGGAACACCCCCUUGAAGCCGCAAAAGAGAGCUUCUGUAACUUUUAACGGAGAGUGGAUUUUACUCACAUGGUAAAUGCUUAGAAAUGGGUUUCAAGUAUUAUCUCUCAUGCAGUUACUUGGUUUGGGGUGGGGUGUGGGUUGGUGUUACAAACUCCCGGUUCCAAUGUGUUUUUCUUUUUAAAUACCAUUGCCUCCUUCAAGGCGGUAGGCACCAUUCUGUCCUGCAAGACAGAUUACUACAUUGGACCCACCUGAUCAAUUCCACACACCCCCAACCCUACCCAGCUAGAUCAUGGCAGCCACAAAGGUGUUCGAGCUGAUUCAGUGUUGAUCCUCUCUGUGGAGGUUUCAUAGUGCAUUGCAGGAGUGCUAACUCGCCCUCAGGGUUGUGGGUGCCCACCACCAUAAUGUGGACAUGCAACGUCACAUGCACACACUUGCACAUGUCUGAGCCCCCCCAACUUCUGGGGAAAGGGUGCCUCGCUCACUGGCUGCGGAGGGCAGAGCUGAACUGCUUCUCUCUGGGAGACAGCACUGCUGCCACUGGCAGCUUUUCUCAUUGACUUUGUGAGUGCCUGGCCCCCACAUUAUAUUAAUGUGGCUUCUGAAGCACCUAUGGCUCCUGGAGUUAGCUCCUAUGAUGCAGUGUCCACACAGAGCCAACAUAUUUUGAAAACGGGUUAAUGUGUGGAUACCUUCGAGCACAGGUCUCCACCUCCUUUGAUCCUGCAACUUCUCUACGUGCGUAAUCACCUCCUCAAUCGCUGAUCUCUCUACCUGGCCUGUUUUUGUUUAUGAUACCAAUGGCUGUUCUGAUCUGAUGCAACAGUGUCACAGUUGACAUCUACUGGCCUAGUUACGCUAGCGUCAGAGAGAGAUGCUGGACAAAAUUGCGUCUGAUCACUGAAUUAUAUGACAAGCAUGGGGGAAUGGAUUUCCAUGUGCAUGAUUAAUAGUUGUUGGAGAUAGAAACUGCUGAGAUGCUAGACCUAGGUCUGGUGUUUUUUAUAUAAUAUUUUGGCAGAGUUGUAAAAUCUGUGGACCUUCAAAUGUUGUUGGACACACACACAAGCUACUACUUAGUUAGCCCAAGUCAUCUCUACUAAAAUGAGCUUCCGUCCUUCAAAUAGAAGACCUCCCUGGGAUAGCUCAGUCGGUAGAACAUGAGACUUUUAAUCUCAGGGGCAUGCAUUUGAGUCCUGAUUUGGGGCGAAAGAUUCCUGCUUUGCAGGAGUUCGGACUAGAUGACUCUAGUGGUCCCUUCCAGCUCUGCAAUUCUAUGGUUCUGUGAAAUAGAAGAGUUCUGGAGCAUGACUGUGUCCUUUUUCAAGGUUAUGCAGAGCUGCCUUAUAUGGAGUCACACCAGUGGUUCUUCUAGCACAGAUAGCAGGGGUGACAAAGACCACCUGAGUGAGAUCCUUAGAGCUAAAGGGAACAGGAGUUCAGCCUGGGACCUUGCGUAUGCAAAACACAUGACCUACUCCUGGGCUUUGUCCCCUCCCUCAAGGAGAGACAGGAGGUUGCUAGAGUAAUGAGCAGGCUUCCCUUGACUCAUCCCACCCAGAAUCAAAGCUAAGGACCUGACUAUGCAUCAGAGAGGACAUAGGGAUGUUGCCCAAAAUGGCAGCCCACAACUGGAAUUUCCACCACAAUGGGUAUCAAUACUUUUCCACGUUCUGACUUUUUUACUUUCGGCUUUUUGCUGUCCAUCACAUCAUGAAAAUCGAGCUGUUAUGUGUUCAGUAAACAGGAGUGGGGAGCAGGAUUGCAUCCACUGGCAUAAGAACACAAGAAGAACUUGCAGGAUCCAGCCGAUGGCCCAUCUAGUCCAGCAUCCUGUUCUCUCAGUGGCCAAACAGAAGCUUGUGGGAAUCUCGCAAGCAUAAGAGCACUCUUCCCCUUCUGUGAAACCACCUUUGUCUUGCUUCUGCUAAGCAGAUGCACUUUAUUAAAGAGCAAAAUACGCGCAUGAAUAAAACCCUUUUGGACAAUAUGGGAAAUGUUGUUUGCAUGGAUUUGUUGGUGCUGUGGGUUAAACCACAGAGCCUAGGA